CAGCAGCUGACUGUAUGCUGUUGCACUGAAUGGCAAUAUUAGCUAAAGAAGCAAUUUCUUUUAUGUACAGCGUGAAAAAAUUAUAAUUUGUCAAUAUUAAGUGAAUUUGCGGCACAUAAAGAAUAAAAACAUAAAGCGGCAACUGUCAAAAUGAUGCUUUUCAUGCUGCUGUUCAGUCGCCAGGGCAAAUUACGACUGCAGAAAUGGUAUAUGGCAUAUCCAGACAAGACCAAAAAGAAGAUUACCCGAGAAUUGGUCACCACGAUUCUCGCGAGAAAACCCAAAAUGUGCUCAUUUCUCGAGUGGAAGGACUGCAAGAUCGUCUACAAGCGCUAUGCCAGCUUAUAUUUCUGUUGCGCUAUCGAGCAGAAUGAUAACGAGCUCUUGACUUUGGAGAUAAUCCAUCGUUAUGUGGAGCUAUUGGAUAAGUAUUUUGGCAGCGUCUGCGAAUUGGAUAUUAUAUUCAAUUUUGAGAAAGCGUAUUUCAUAUUGGAUGAAUUGUUGAUUGGCGGCGAAAUCCAGGAGACAUCGAAAAAGAAUGUGUUAAAAGCAAUUGCCUCUCAGGAUCUGCUACAAGAGGACGAAGCUGUUGAGGGCACUUUAAGAGACAUUGGACUACUCUAAAUAAAAAAGAAAAGAGACUAAAAAGAAACAAAGUCAAAUGCGUAGAAUGUAGUUGAUAUAACACAUACAUAUAUACACUUAAACGCACACAUGCACGCCUGCGCCAACACACAAUCUAUCUCUCUCACACACACAAUGCCUAUACACACACAUACACAAGUAUUUUAGCUGCACUUAACUUGUAUGUGUGUGUCUUUGUGUGUGUGCUGUUAAGCACUUAAUGUUUAUCGCUACACAACACUGAAUAAGCGCAAUUAGAUCUGUCACACAGCGAGGCAAAAACCAUUUAAAGCAAAU